AUGCUCGGCACAGAUAGAGACGAGGUAUUAUAUCCAAGCAACAGGUUCUGCACCGGCCUGACCACGGCAUCAGCAGAGUCACCGCAGAUUCAUCCAGCAACACGCACAUGCUUUGCAUUUCAAACCGAUGCCUGCCGAAGAUGCAGUGAGAACAAGUUUGAUUGCGCAGCAGUGGAAGCUCUAGACAGAACGACUGUUCCAUGUGCGCGUGAGUCGCCGAUUGAACCUCCUUGUCGGACGGAUUUCUACCUGAUGGCCCGCGGCUCACGCCGUCAAGCCAAACCUGGAACAUGGUGUUGGGCACCGAGUCCACAUGUCCUCGUCGCAGCGGUUGGUUCUUCUGCAGCGUGUGCCGUUUUUGGCAUGCUACUCUGGCUUCUCUGGAGCCUAGCUCAGCUGCAGAAGGAGGUCGAUGGGUUGGCGGCCCGUGCGGAAGCAGGGGUGCAGGAAGUCCAAAGGCUUGUUGAUCCGCAUGGUGUCUCCGGCAUCUAG